UGCGGUUGUGUCUCGUGUGUGCUUACCGUGAAAAGUUGUGAUUUCUGUGAAAGUUCGCUCCGAAUCGAUUGAAAAUCUAGUGCUAGACCGUCUCCCGUCUCAAUGGAGGUAGACUGUGAUGGGAUUCGGCGAAGUUUGUCCCGAUUGCGGGAGAAAUACGGCUGCCAACAGGUGGACUCAUUUUUAAGGUUAUCCAAAAUAGCUUCGCCGGAUUUGGAUCGGUUGGUGGUCGUUUUGGGACAACUACUAGAGGAUCCGAAAUAUACAGAGGCAAUCGCCGAUGAAUUUGGAAGUAUUUUGCUGCUGAUUGUCGCUAGCGCAUUCGACGACGGGGAAUACGAAGAUGCGAAAACACGGAAGAAGGAAAGCAAUACAAAAACAACGGAUCGUGGUUACCGGCGAAAGUGUGUAGCGCUUUCGAAGUUGGUUAGUCGCUGUCCGGAUGUGCUGAGAUUCAGUAUUCAUUACUUCUGUCGCAACCCCGCUCCUUUUGGAACGGACGAUGUUUUCAAUUACACACCGACGCCGAAGCAACAAAAGUUCGAACGCGAGGUAAUAUCGGAGCUGGAGCUGGUGCAAUGUUGCUAUCGGUUCCUUGCGGCCGACCCAGUUUACUUCCGAUCGGUUUGGAGUUGGUCGGACUUUUUCCAGCAGUAUGGUGCGACGAAAGGAUGCAGCCGAACGCGGUUCUACUACAAUCGGAUUUUGGCACUGGUCAGUUGCAUGACGCAGAGUCAAAUAAAUCAGCUGGACGAACAGUUGCCACCAGAGGAACUGGUUCGGGAGCAGUUAGAAUGCUUGGAAAGUGUACUACCAGAGGGAUCCGCAUUGGUGGAGCAAGAGAUCAAGACUGGAAACAAAAUUAGAUGGCAUUUUCGAAGCAACCUAGUCACGAACGUUGGUGACGUGAUGUUGCCUAUAUUCGAUGCCGCGAAUUGUGAUUUUUAUCGUGGGCAGGAAAACGAACCGAACGAUUUGGUUGUGGUGGAUUCCACGCGAUUGAAUGUGAGAAGCUUAGCGCUUGGCGUUUCUUCCGGGAAAGCUAUUUGUCUAUCCGGGCCUGUCGGUUGUGGAAAGACCUCUCUGGUAGAGUAUUUGGCGAGAAAGACAGGCCGAAUUGGUCCUAAGGGAGAGGAAGUAGAUCGUCGUGCGAAACCAACUCUCAAGGAAAAAACCAAGAAGCGCAAAUCGGGAAGAAUUGAAGAGGAACUGGAAGUGAACAUGCAGAAACUGAAGCAGGAGGCACCCACAAAUGGCUUCCUCAGGAUUCAACUGGGAGAUCAGACCGACAGUAAGAUGCUGCUGGGUCAGUAUAGAUGCACUGAUACUCCUGGGGAGUUUGUGUGGCAACCAGGCGUACUAACGCAGGCCGUUAUGAACGGAUAUUGGCUACUGUUGGAGGAUUUGGAUUCGGCAACGCAGGACGUGUGUACGGUUCUUACUAAUCUGCUGGAAAAUAAUUAUUUGAGUGUUCCUGGGUUCCGAGAUUGUCUUCGGAUUGAACCCGGCUUCCAAUUGUUCCUAACGCUUCGUACUCAGAAAUCUGGGACUAGCUCUGCACAUAAUACGUACACUUUGUUGGAAAAGUAUCUGUACACUGUGAAUGUGCUGCCGUUGUCGCGGUCAGAACUUUGUUCGAUCAUUUGCACCAAUUUUCCGCGACUGAAAACUGUCGCCAGUAGGAUAGUGGACAUCUAUCUGACGUUCUCCAGCGGCUGUCAUUCGAUCGAGAGUGACGAAAUCAGUGAAAACAUGAACAUACUGGAGGAAGAGCGCGACAAACCGACGAAGACCAUUGAUCUGGACGGGGAUGAUGUUCUACCAAGGUUCCAAUACGACAACAUUUCGCUGAACAAUUUGCCGACCUCGGGCAGAUUGGUAUCGACUCGGGAUUUGAUCAAACUUUGCCGUAGAUCGGAUCCCAGCUUCUCGGUCACCAGUACGGAGUGCGCUUACUUUGUGUUUCAAAACGCGGUGGACAUCUUCUGCUCACAUCUCCCAGCUGGUGAUGGCAAACGUAAUUUGAUCGUUAGCAUUGGAGGAAAGAUCGGUAUCAACAAGAGUCGUUGUGAUCACUUGUACGAGGAUUACAAGCCAGACGUAAACGUGGCCGCUACGGAAGAAAUUAAGAUCGGAAGAGUUAAUAUGAAACGAAAUUUGAGAGGAACACUCGAGAAUGAAAACGACGAAAAUGAUCGUAAUUUUAUCCAUAAAAAGAUUAAACUGGAUAAGAACGCUUCGUCGGUGGUGAAGACCCGGGAUUUCAAACUCCAAAACAAGGCCCCUACGUUUUCCUUCACUAGACCGGCAUCUUGUCUUUUGGAGCGAAUAGCCGUUUCGGUAGCACAGAACGAACCUAUUUUGUUGGUUGGUGAAACCGGCGUCGGUAAGACCAGCUCCAUCCAAUAUUUGGCCUAUCAGACACACCACAAGUUGGUCGUCGUCAACAUGAACAAUCAGUCGGACGUUUCCGAUCUGAUCGGGGGCUUCAAACCGGUUGAUUUGAGCUACGUCGUCACCCCUCUUCGCUACGAGUUUGAGAUGCUGUUCAACAAAACAUUCAACGCUCAGAAGAAUGAAAAAUUCCUCACCAAUGUGAGCAUUUGCUACAAUAGAGGCGAGUACAAUGUGCUCGUGAAGUUGAUGCUCAAGAUCGUCGAGAAGGUCUUUACCCGCCAGCAAGACGAGCAACUACGUCUAGAGAAAGUCUACGAGAAAUGGUCAGCCCUGCAACAGAAACUUCAAAAGCUAGAUUCUCAGUUGCGCAAUUCGGUCAACGUUUCGUUCGCCUUCAUACCCGGAUCAUUGGUCAACUGUAUCCGCAAUGGAGAUUGGGUUUUGUUAGACGAAAUCAAUUUGGCAUCCACCGAGACGCUGGAAUGUCUGUCAACCAUUUUGGAGCCUGACGGCUCCAUCAUUCUGCUUGAAAGGGGAGACUUCGUACCGGUCAAGCGUCAUCCAGACUUUCGCAUCUUUUCCUGCAUGAAUCCAAACACCGAUGUCGGGAAAAAAGAUCUGCCAGUGGGCAUUCGCAAUCGCUUCACCGAGUUCUUUGUCGACGAACUGGUGGCCGAAAACGAUCUGCUGAUUCUGGUCAACGAUUAUCUCAGUAGCACUGGCAUUCAAAAAGUACGCAUCCUCAACACAGUCAAACUAUACCGAAGGUUGCGAUCGCUCUCCCAGUUGGAGCUAAAUGACGGCCUCGGAAACAAGCCGGUCUUCUCACUGCGAACCCUUUGUCGGGCGUUGAGCAUCUGCGCCAAAAAUCUCUGCGGCUCAAUCGAACGCAAUCUGUACGAAAGUUUCUGCCUCAGCUUCCUCACCCAACUGGAUCUCAGGUCGCACAAAAUAGUCCUCACGUACAUCCAGAAAACUCUACUAAAUGACACGCAGCAAGCCAUCUCGCAGCAGAUUCCUCGCCCUCCAUCUGGGGAACAACUGAACUUCGAAGGAUAUUGGAUAGAGCAGGGUCCCAACGAAGUACAGGAGUGCGAAAGUUAUAUCCUGACGGACAGCGUGCGGAAUAAUCUGCGCGAUCUCGCACGAAUCAUCUCCAUCGGAAAACUUCCCGUGCUGCUACAGGGACCUACCUCCGCAGGAAAGACCAGUCUGAUCGAGUACGUUGCCAAACGCAGUGGCAAUGUGUGCCUUCGGAUCAACAACCACGAGCACACCGACCUGCAGGAGUACAUAGGAACCUACGUAGCCGACGUAACCGGAAAAUUAACGUUCAAAGAAGGUGUUCUGGUCGAGGCUAUGCGAAAUGGCUUCUGGAUAAUUCUGGACGAACUGAAUCUUGCUCCGAGCGACAUUCUGGAAGCGUUGAAUCGAGUGUUGGACGACAACCGGGAACUGUUCAUUCCGGAAACGCAGGUCUUGGUGAAGGCUCACCCCAAUUUCAUGUUGUUCGCUACUCAGAAUCCCCCAGGGCUGUACGGAGGCCGAAAAAUGCUCUCAAGGGCUUUCAAGAAUCGAUUCGUGGAGUUGCACUUUUCCGAGAUCCCCAGAGACGAGCUAGAGGUCAUUCUGGAGAAGAGAUGCCUCAUUCCAAAGUCCUACUCCCAGAAGAUGGUCAAAGUUAUGUCGGAACUGCAAAUGAAUCGUCGUAGCACGGCCAAGCAAAACUUCACCCUGCGUGAUCUAUUUCGGUGGGGCAACCGAUACACUUUUGCCGACAAAGCCCUGCUGUCGGAUACCAGUUACGAUUGGAAUCAACAUUUGAUUGACGAGGGAUAUCUGGUUCUGUCGUCGAAGGUUCGCAACAUGUACGAAACUAAAAUCAUCGAAGAAGCGCUCUACACCCAUUUCCGCAAGCGUGUUGCUGAGGAGAAUUUGUUCAGUCUGAAGAAGGGAACUUCCAUGGUCACUCGUGGCAUUCUGGAGCAGCUGGAGAACCAAACCGUUUACGAGAACAUAGUUUGGACGUUCGAUAUGCGACGGAUGGCCGUACUCACGGCCAAAGCACUGGAGUUCAACGAACCUGUCCUGCUGGUUGGCCCCACCGGUUGCGGAAAAACCACUAUCUGCCAAAUUUUGGCCACACUCCGAGGACGCAAUCUUCGGAUUUUGAACUGUCACAUGCAUACGGAGGGGGCCGACUUCCUUGGAGGGCUGAGACCUUUCCGCGAGUCAGACGAUUCAACGUUAAAAGAAGACAAGCAGCAGCUGUUCGAGUGGUCCGACGGUCCGCUAGUUCUUUCCAUGAACGAAGGUGGCUUCUUCUUAGCGGAUGAGAUAUCGUUGGCGGAGGACUCAGUAUUGGAGCGCUUGAAUUGCGUGUUGGAACCGGAGCGAAAGCUUUUGCUAGCGGAAAAGGGUGGUGUCUCAGCAGAUUCUUCAGAGUUUGUCAUUACGGCAGCGAAUGGUUUCCAGUUUUUGGCAACUAUGAAUCCUGGCGGAGACUUUGGCAAAAAGGAGCUUUCACCAGCGUUAAGAAAUCGUUUGACGGAAAUCUGGUGUCGAGCAACUGAUUCGAAAGAAGAUCUUAUACGAAUUGCUGAGCAUUUGUUGCGCAAAGGAAUGCAGAACUGUGGUACCGAUCUUCGUCAAGUAGCUGAGGUUAUCAUCAGCGUAGUGUUCGUUCUGAAAAACAAGGUCGACAAAUUGAACUUCAGCAUACGAGAUGUGCUCGCCUGGGUAUGCUAUCUGUGUAAGAAUCAAGAAAACCUGACACUAGCUGAGUCGCUGAUCUACGGGUUGGAAACCGUCUUCCUGGAUGCGCUGGAGAUGUUACCAUACGAGACGUUCGAAGAAAUUCUUGCUCUACGCAAGGAAAUUCUCUCCGUUCUACAUCUUCUAAUCAAACAGCACUUAAUGAUCAAGCAGUUUGAGCUUAAACCCGGCACUGUGGUACAAUCAGAUAACACAACAUUCGGCAUCUCCCCAUUCUUCAUCGAUCUAAAUCCCGAACAACGCGAUCGACAAACCGAGUUCCUGUUCAGCGCUCCGACUACUCAGAAUAACCUCUUCCGGUUGCUUUCCGCUCUCAGUCUCGAUAAAGCAAUCCUUCUGGAAGGACCUCCGGGUGUUGGCAAAACCUCGCUAGUAGAAAACCUGGCUCGUGCUACCGGAUUCUCCAUCGUUCGCAUAAACCUGUGCGAACAUACCGAUCUGGCAGACUUGUUCGGAACCGAUCUUCCAGCUGACGAUCGCUCGUUGGAGAUAACUGAUGGCGAAGAUCACCCAUCCCAAAAUGGGACCAAACUGGGAUCGUUCGUGUGGCGCGAUGGACCUCUGCUGGCGGCAUUGAAAGCGAAAAAUACUUGGAUCCUAUUAGAUGAGCUCAAUUUGGCGCCGCAAAGUGUGCUGGAAGGUUUGAACGCAAUUCUCGAUCAUCGUGGCGAAGUGUUCAUCGCCGAACUGAACAAGACUUUCAAGCUGGGCACGAAGACACGCAUCUUUGCAGCGCAAAAUCCCCUGCGACAGGGUGGUGGUAGAAAAGGUCUACCCCAAUCGUUUCUGAAUCGUUUCACCAAAGUGUUUUUGAGGAAACUUGAACAAAGUGAUCUGCUACAUGUCGUAGAUGGAAAGUACAAGAAGAAAUUCGAGAAAAUCGGUGAAGAAUUGAUUGUCGAUUUAGGCAGACGACUAGGAGGCGAUGUGAGCUUUUUUGAUGUUUUGAAAUCGCCCGAAGAUCAAUCUAUCAAGUUCGAUCUUUCCCAGCGAAUGGUUAUAUUCUCUGAAACUCUCGAAACCGGAAUCGCCAACUUGGAAUUCGGCUAUAAGGGCGGUCCCUUCGAGGCAAAUCUCCGCGAUAUUCUACGCUGGUGCGAGUUGCUCUGCAACACCAAAACAGGAUUCUUCCGCAAGAAGUUCGUGAAUCGAGAUGACACAUACUACAACUUUCUAUUGGUGCUGUUCGAGAAAAUGAAACUUGUCUACUACCAGAGGAUGCGAACUGCUGUCGAUAAGGCUUACAUCCUGUCUGCGUUCGGCCGAAUAUUUGGGUGCGACGCCUUCGAGUUGGAGCAGCGAUCGCAAGAUAUCGGAAUCUACUGGACCGAUGACAAGCUCUAUUUGGGUGACUUGAUUCUAGAGAAAAACAACCGAUCAGACGAAAGAAAUCCGAUGGCGUCCAAGACGCAGAACAGUUUCCCACUGCUCCUGGCGAGUCAGGUGGAGACGUUGAAGAACGUGGCGGAGUGUGUUCAGUUGGAGAAACCGGUAAUUUUGUGCGGUCCAAGUGACUGCGGAAAAACCAAAAUCAUCAACCUGUUGACGACACUGGGCAACAAGUUUUGCAACGUGGAUACGAUCGAUGACUCGGUGACGGGGAGUUUCCAGCAGUUCGAUUUCAACCGGCACUUGGAGGAAAUUUCGACCACUGUGGAAGCGGUGGUGAUGGACGCGGUGAAGGAUGGGGCGUUAAGUCGGACCACAGAAGGCAGGAGUGGCAUGUUGAAAAUGAUGGCCGUUUGGGAGAAGUACACUCGGUUGAAUGAUGGAAAAAUGGCCUUUACCACACAAAACGUCCAGUCAGAGGAGCUAGUCUUGUUUCGAAAGCGUCUCACCGCUUUGCAAGACGUCAUUGCGCUACUAAAAGAUCAAAAAGCUUCAAAUGCCGAUCACGCCCUCCUUGGAUCCAUGAGCUCCAUUCUGCAAGUAUUGUUCAACGUUUCCAAGCACGCUGAAACCCUCAACACUGGGGGUCACUUCGAGUGGGUCGACUCCAAAGUCGUCAAAUCCCUCAAACACGGUCAGUAUAUUUGCCUGGAGCACGUCAAUUUGUGUUCCUCGGCCAUUCUGGAUCGUUUGAAUCCGAUCUUUGAACCGGAUGGGAGCUUGCUGAUUUCGGAGAAGGGUGUCGACGGUAACAACGAGUCGGAGCUGAUUCGGAAGCAUGCCAACUUUCGAGCGUUCCUGACGUUGGAUCCCAAGAAUGGAGAGAUUUCGCGAGCCAUGCGGAAUCGUUGCGUGGAGCUGGCGAUUCACAAGGAAACUUACGUCGAUGAUGAUUUGAAGCGGUUGGUGUACGAGAGUGGAGUUCGGUACAAUUGGCUGAUCGAUGCGAUCUUAGAUAUCCACAAGGGCGUCAAGAAAAUAUCGGAGUUCAAUCAAUUUGGUAUUGCGCACAUAGCGAAAUUCGGCUAUCUGGUUGCCCAAAACCAAAGAAUGGGUAUGGCAGAGAACAAAUGCUUAAUGAUCAGUGCUUUGGAGGUCUACGUGCGAUCGUCUAACACAGAUCUGCUGGGAUACGGGUUGGACUUCUAUCGGAACGCAUUGAAGGAGGCCAUCAAGGAAGAAAUCAGCAAGUCCGUUGUGACACCGAACUUAGUCAACUAUGAGAACAUCGUGCUGAGAUCCAAUCAGCUAACAAGCCUUCAGCUUGUCAAACUUCAAGCGGAACCUCUCUUUUGUGUCCUGAGGUGUCAUCUGAAUGGGUUUGCGGAUCUCCCGGGAGCUUUGAAGCACAUUGCUGGAGCAUUCCGCGAUCAAGCGGAAAUCAACUUGACUGAUCUUAAAUAUCUGCUCUACUUUCUGUAUGAGGCAUGCAGUUUCAAGGACGCGAAUGUUCGUCGAAUCUAUUUCGCUGAAUCGCUUAUGUCACUCCAAAAAGUGGAACCCAAGAAGGAGAUGGCACUUGCCACUGAGAGUGGUAUUAUGAUCGAUGUUGAAAUUCGAAAUGACGCCGGGCAUUGGAAAACUAUUCCGCAGGAUCUCAGUGAAUAUCGCGAUUUGCAGCAUACAAAGCGAGAAAAAGUCGAUAUUGAUCCAGCAUCGUCCGUUUCUGUGGAUAUUAUUCUAGAACACCUAAUCGAACUGAAUCAACGGCUUUUCACUGCUGUUGAAAAGUUCAAAAGUGCGGACGAGACCCUUCCUUGGAAUCGAUCACUGAUGCCAAGAAUUCGAGAAUAUCUGGAAGAUUCCAGUCCUGAACAACACCAACUGAGCGCAAUGCUGCUGCUGAACACCACCUUAGCUGAUAUGCAGGUCACAAACGCCACCAAGUUGAGCAAGAUUGAUGCUCUGUCCUAUUCGAAGGCAGUUUCCACGGAGAUCAUCAACGAUACGAUCGGAAACAAGUUGAUCGCGCAAUUGUAUGAUUUUCUGUCAAAUUUCAAACCACUCAUGGAAAAGGCACUACGGAGUAUUACACUUGAUCAGGACAGGUAUACCAAGUUGGUUGGAGCGUAUCUGUGGAUAAACCGGAUGAUCGAUCUAUCCGGUCGAAAAUUAUUUGUAAACAAAGAAAUUAAUACAAAACUCGUCGAUUACAUCACUUUGCAUUUCAAGUGGAUUCAGAAACAUUGUUUAUCUCUGUUGGAGGAUCUGAGCUCUAGUCCAUUCAUGGCCAUCAACAACUCUUUGGAAGAGUCCAUGCAAAGCUCUACGCACCCGCUUGCUGCCCACAGGAAGUUGUACGCCAAAGCAUUCCUGUGCAGUUCACCGUUCUACACCGAAGAGCAGAUCGCUUACUACCAACGAAUGAUGGAGUUCAAAGAAGGCCAUCGAUUGUCUCCUCGUUUGACUCGACUUUUCGACUACGACGAGUUCCUCCUCAAGGUUGCAUUACUUAACCAUCCGACGACGAUUGAUGUGAGAAGAUCGCUACUGGCAAAUUCCAAGCAGCAUUUGUCGUUGCAUUUGGAGAAACGAGAACCAGUCUCUACUUUAGAUCAAACGGAAUAUCAUCAGCUACUUGAACUGAUUCGACAGUUCCAAGAUGGAAGCGAUGAAGACACGUCGGAACAGUUAAUUGCCGCAACAAAACAACUGGAACAAUAUCGAAAAUUUGUCACGACCUUUGAGCCACCAGAAGCAUACAGUCACAAGUUUGAGGUAGAAAUGAUGCCGUUGUACGAAUAUUUCCUGUUGAAGUCUUUGGCCGGUGACUCGGAAAUCAACUUCGACUACGCCACAGGUGUCCAUUCUUUGAGUCUGGACUCGCUCCGCCUGUUGAAGCUUCUGGGUAGCAAGGCACAUAAUUCGAUUCUAGAAAUGAGUACGCUUCUGGAUAUGAUCAUAAAAUCUGGCGUAGAUCUACAUGAUCUUGUGCAAUCCCUUCCGGUCAGCUUCUACAAGAACAUUACUACCUACAUUCACCAAUUCCGCCGAUACAGCUACGAAUUCCAGUUAAACUCGUUGGCUAUCAAUCACGUCAUCUGCUAUCAGAAUGAGACCGAAGCAGACUACGAAGCGCAUCUGGAUCAAAUGGGCAAUCUAACGUUGCAUGGCCCCGUGCUGACCAACAACUGUUUGUCCAUAUUGUUGAACAACAACGGAGAACUGCGAUCGACCGGGUUGGGUGAACUGCCAGAAUGGCGUAAGACCCUACGAAUGUUACGCGAUACGAUUUGGAGCAAUUCAGCUGUCCUGAGCAAGGAAUAUGAUCAGCAUUCCGUUGGAGUGGAAAAAGCGGUUGGACAGGCGAGGAAACUUCUCGCGGAGUACGAAUGUGUUCAGAAGUGGUACCAACAGAGUGAACGAAACGUUGACAAGGAAAAGUUUGUCCAAGACUUUGAAUCAUUGGUGGAACUACUCAAAAAAUGGGUUCAGCAGUCCACGGAUUUGAGGACGAGUGAGAAUCUUCGUUCAAGUUCGGACAAGAAUCUACAGUGGAGUUUAAGCUCCAUUUUAAAUUUGCUGUGCGGAGCGAUCGAGUUGAACCUCGUAGUUUUUCUUCCGCUGCUCGACCCAGUAGAGAAGAAUGCUUUGAAGAAGGCGUACACCGAGGAAGAUAUUCAACAUUACAAAACACUAAUCCAAGUGUAUGACUACAUGGCGAUCACAAUGAACUACCGCCGUCUCGGUGAAAGCACAAAACAGAUGUUUGUUGAUCACCUCAACUUCUUGGAAGAAAAGCGUGGCAAACUCUGCCGGAAGGUCGCUUUACGACCGUCGGACAACAUCUACACCGAUCUGGUCAAGGACGUCAACAACUUCCUGGUCUCCUGUUGCUACCCAGGAACUAUUGUAGAGCUGUUGAACACUUCCUCGCUUUGUCUGGAAUUCGAGGUAGAUACGAAAAAUCCGAUCAAGAACUGUACGCACACCAAAGAUUUUCAGUUGCGCGUUAACGAAACGGUUAAGCAAAUCGAGCUGUGGAUCAACAUUGCCGACAAAUUUGUACACCAUACGCUGAAUCGCUACCAAGCCUAUUAUCGGGACUUCUUGGAACCGCUUUGCUGCUCGAUCACCACCAUGAAGUAUGGUUUGACCGGGCUAAAGCACUGUCUGAUCAUCAAGCGCGAUUCGAUCGCUGUUAAGACCAAUGGAGUUUUCUACGAUCUGGCGGAGAAGGAUGCCUUGACGAAGAUCGUGGAAAAGUUUGUACAAUUUCCCGAGGUAAAGUCCAUCGAGUUGUUCGAUGAGGAAGCGAGUGGUCAUAAAGUGAAUGUCUAUUCCAUUCUCGAGAAGCUUGAUCACUGUGAGCGAAGCUAUUUCCGACUGUUGAAGGCCAAACUGCAGGAAGUUAAGAAUGCGAUUACCCUUAGAGGGGAGAUCGGUGCCGAAGAAUUUGUCAACUUGGAUAAGAUCGUUAACGUUUGUAACCAAGUGUGGCAAAAGCAGGAGAAUCUGAGGCGCAAGAAACAAGCCGAAGACGAUAGCCUGUAUCAAACCAAGAGUCAUUGUGACGAGGAAGAUGAAGAGACGGUUGCGCAGCGGGAGAUAGUCGAUUUGUUCCCGAACUAUGUGGAUGAAGAUUUUGCGGAUUUCAUUCAGAACGAUACCCUGGAGCAAGUGAUCAAGAAGGACACGGUGAAGAAAAAUCAAAAGUUGAUGGAAACGAUUUCCGGAGAUGAUUACACGCUAAUCUGCGAGAGCUUCAUCUAUCUGAUGAGCAAAUUUUCGAAAUCGUACUACUACAAUCCGGAAACAAUCGCGGACCUUCCGGAAGUUAUCGCACCCGAUUUCAUCAGCCCGUUCCAAACGAAGAUCGCGAUCGUACAACAGGUGUUGCAAAAAUACAGCUCUGCUCUAAACAGCAAAUUGGAUGAAGGUUUCUAUCCAGGCUUGAGUUUUCUGGUCGGAUUGGCUCAAGAAAAGUACGAGGACAUAGAUUUGAAAGGAUCAACUGUGGGCAAGUAUAACUUCUAUAAGGAUUCCAACAUCAGUGAGGUUGUGCAGUGCGUUGAAGUGCUGAAGAAAAUAGAGGAUCGUGUUAGGCAACUGUUGCAAGAAUGGCCAGACCAUGCCGUGCUGAAAGACAUCCUCCUCAUCUUGAACCGAAUCUACUUGCUACCAUCGACGGCCCCAAUUGUUCGAUUCAGUACCGGUCUGCAAUUGUUGCGACAGAAAAUUGACGAAUGGAACUGCGUCGCCCAUCGAUUGAACAACCUGCGUGAACUGGAAGCAGACAUUGUGGAGUUUGUGCACCGUUGGAUGCGAAUGGAGCUGCAAUAUUGGAGAGAAUGCAUGAGCCAAACACACGAGAACGUCCGAUCCAAGGCGUACCGAUAUUGGUUCUUCAUGUACAAUCUUUUGCAUGAAUAUCUUCAAAGCGAUUCUAAGGCCAAGCUGGGAAAUUUGCUGGAUUAUAGGAAGGUGGAACGUUGUUUCGGCGAACAGGAACUCUUAGAAGAAGAAGAGGUCGAAGAAGGUACAGUCAAAAGUGAAGACCUAAUUCAUGUUUUGAAGCAAUUUAUGGAGUCGUCUAACUAUGCUGAAUACACCACUCGACUACGUAUUUUGAAGUCCUUCGAGCAGUAUCUCAUGUAUUUGAACUACGAAGAUAAUCGCAAGAAGGAAACCGUCAUUGCAGUACUGCACAAUCUGCACAUGUACUACGAUCAAUUCUCAAACGAGAUUGAAGAGUUUGUUCGAACAAAACGUGCCCCGAUUGAGAAAAAACUGAAGGAGUUUGUCAAAAUCGAGUCCUUUAAUAAGGACCUCUCAUACUUCAGUAUGCGUAACAAUAUUGCGAGGGUCCAUCGGCAGCUGCACAAGUUCCUGAAAGAAUUCGAAACGGAGAUCCGUGCCAAGAUUCUUCCCGUUUUCACGCCUAAAGAUGCAACGACCGAAAUCAACGACGCUGAACCACAAAAGAGCAAAAAUCUUCGCUCGGAGGCCAAGAUCACUUACUACAUGGUGGACGUUAAAAAUUUCAUGGCUUCGCUGAAGCUGAAAGAAAAAUAUUCAAUCAUCGGCAUAAUGCAGGACCCCGCCCCCAACCAAGAACUUCUGGCAAUGAUCGAUCGAUUCUUCAUAACAUCGCGAACCGUUGUAAAGGAAGCAAUUCUCCACGCUCCGUUCCCGGGGCUGAUCUACAGUUUGGAUACUUUCAUGCACGACCAAAUCGAAUCGGUGGAGUACCUCCGUGGGCUGGAAGUUGAUCGCAAUCAGCCUCGGCCGAAGCAAAAAUCGCAGGCCAAACAGAUCCUCAACCAGAAGCGCAAAGCAUUGUCCGAUUUCUACAAGAGUUUGACGCAACUGGGGUUGAGUUACCGAAGCGGAUUGGUGGAGAAUGCGAUCGAGUCCGAUCCGGUUGAUGUGGCGAUUAAACCGUUCUCGGUAGAACUGCUCGCGCAUAACAGCAAAUACCGGAAGGUGGAUCAGCAUAUUGUGUUCCUGAGCGAUAAGCUGAAUCUGUACUACGCAAAGUGUGUGUUCAAAAUCAAGAUGCUGAUGAAGGUGUUGCUCCAACCUAAUCCGGACAUUGGAAAAAUCAACCUCGAAAGAAUUAAAGGAUUUGCUAUCGAAUUGUUCCUGAUUGUUCAGGAUCAGCGCAAAGAAAUGGAGAAAUCCGUUGCGAGUGUUUGCGAACUGAGAGAUCGUAUCCAGGAUCUCACGCAGCUGAAUGGUUGCCUCGAUUCGAAGAAACGCGAGUUCAACUUCGUCACAUUCAAGUGCAAGAUGGAUAACAUGCGAUCAUGUACGAUCAAAAUCAGGAGCGUCCUUGAGCAAUUUUUAUUGCUUUUAAGUUGUGCCCCGACUGAAGUUCCAGAUGAGUUAAAAUUGAUGAAAGGUGCGCAGGACUUUAAUCAUAAAGCGAUGGAACCAAUUGUAAAAGAGGUCAACGACGGUUUAAAGCAAGCGAUUCGACUUGCCGAUGACUUGAAAAAGUACGACGAUAAUUAUAUUACCGGUGACUUCGUUCAAUCAAUGGACGACCGUUUCACCUGCUUGACGGCUACACUUGAGACCGUGUGCAUGCAACUGAAGAUUGGCACCUCGGAUGAAUAUUCAGUGUAUGCUCAACCAAUCUUAAAUGUUCUGAAGAUCGCCAGGAACGCCAUAAUUUCAAACGAAGGUCCAUUAUCCGAUAGUCAGCCAAGCGAAGAAAGUCUCAACAAAGAAUUGGAGGAUAUCAUUCACUCAAUUUUGAUCGCAAUGCAGAACAUCUACAAGAAGUACUCGGCAAAAGCACCACCACAAGAAACAACAGAUCCCAAGGGUGACAGUGAAGAAACCGAAGAUCACGACUCAGAAUCGGAACUUCAACCCCAACAUUUGAAGCAAAAGAUCAACGUCGAUCUGCUACAAGAUCUACAAACUCUGAGCAUUCGAAAAGUGGUCACCAAAAUCAAUAAUAUUCUAUCUAUGUUGGAACACACAAAUCACUCCACACCGCAGUUUGUGGCCAUGGUUCAAAAGAUCACUCGACUGGUACCAAUUCUGGAGCAGUUCAACCUUCUGGUUGAAUACUACUUGAUUCAACAGUUGGGAGCACACAAAAUCAGCACCAAAAUGUUGUCGGUCAUGCUGACGGUGUUUACCGAACUUGGCACCAAGGGUUUCUGUGUGCCAAAAGAUCUUCUGGAAGAUGAACAGGAGGCAGGUGGGGAGCAGCAGGAAGGUAACCAGCAAGGCGAUAAAUUCGGAUUCGAAGACGGUGAAGGCGAAAAAGACGUUUCAAACAAGAUCGAAAGCGAAGAUCAACUGGACGAUGCCAAGAAACCGGGACAAGAGGACAAAAAUGAAGAUGAGGAAAAGGAUAACAAGGAAGAGAAAGGAAUUGACAUGAGUGAAGACUUCGACUCCAAGCUGCAAGAUGUGGAUAAGCCGGAAGGUGAAGAUUCAGACGAAGAAAAGGACGAUGAGGAAGACGCUGAUAAGCAAAUGGGAGAAACCGAAGAAGGAGCGGAGAAGCUGGAUGAUCAAAUUUGGGGUGAUGAUGAGGAGAAAGAGGAAGAAGAAAAAGAAGAAGACAUGGAAGAGGAAGAUGGAAAAGGUUCGGGUGAAGCCGAUGAGCAGCAUAACAACUUGGACUCCGAGAAGGAUAAAGCACCCGGUGAAGAGGAGGAUGGGUUGGAUGCGGUUGACAAGGCAACGGAUGACAAAAAGAAGGAAAAGCCUAAAGAUAUUGAAAAUAUGGAUAAUCAGGAAGGCGAAGAGGAGCAGGAGAAUCCGCAUCAUAACCAGCUUGAGGAGCCACCCCAACCAGAGGACAUGGACAUUGAUGAAGAAUUCAAUUUAGAUAACGACAAUCGACCAGAAAAUCAGAAAGAUGAGGAAGACAAUCAGGAGAAUCCUUUCGAUAUCGAUAACAUGAAGGAUCAAGGAGAGGAGAAAGACGACCAGGAACCAGAAUCUACGGAAGAUGAUCAAAAGGAUGCAGAAAAGGAUCAGCAGAACGAGAAUGAUUCGUCAGACGAGGAGCAAGACCAGGAAAAUCCGGAUGGUGCAGAUAAACUGGAUGACAAUCCAGAGAAUCCAGAAGGUGAAGAGGAGCAGGAGAACAAGGAUGAUGAAGUUCAACAAAUCCCAGAAGAAAAUAAGGAUAACCAACAAGAAGAGGCAAAUGAACCACAGCCGGAGGAAGGAGAGGAUCAGCAGAAGAAAAAGGAAGAUGCGCACCGCGAAUCGAAGGACAAACGCUCGGAAGAAGAACGAAUCGAAGCGAUGCCUGAUACCGAAAACAAAGGCACCAGCGAUCAAGUGGCAAAUGAAAAACCAGAGUCCAAGCAGGAAAAUGAAAUGGACGAACAAGACACCGGAGAAGAUAAGGAUGGGGUUGGCCAAGCCGAAAACGAAAAGUCAGAAAGUGGUCAUCAAGGAAUUGCAGAAUCAAGAGAAACUCGUACGAAGCGCGAUAAGAAUGAUCAGAAACAACAGCAAGAGAAGCGACGACAAGGCAAUACCGAUGAAGAUAGAACACUGGGUGAUCCCGAUAAGGCUGAAAAGAAGCGUCUGAAAACCGUUGAUGAGAUCAACAGAGAAGAGCGUGCUAACAAGGAGGAAGACGUCGAGGAAGAAGAACCAUCAGAAGAAUAUCAACACGUCAAGGAUGCUAAGACAUCGGACAAGACUACGCUGGACAACGCAACUGAGGAGCAGUCGAAGAAGACGCAACAUCAGGAAAACGCCGAAGAAGAUGACAAGCCUGAUGAUGAACCGGAAGGUACGGAUGAACUUAUGGAUGUGGACGAGCAAAAAGAGGUACUGGAAGAAACCGACAAGCAAUUGCUUGAGAGCGAAAAGAAUGACAAUAAAAAGGACAAACCGUCCAAAAAGGAUGAACCUCAACGGGAUAAGGUCGAAACGUUAGAGAACGUGGAAGUCGAUGGAGAGAUUGUAGAAACGGUUCGCGUGCCUCGAGGAGAAGAUACUACCGCCCAUACGAUCAUGGACAUUCUGAAUGACAUGACCGUUCCCGAGGAACCCUCUACGACAGAAGCGUUGGAGAUGCGAAAGAUGGUCGAGAAGCAAAGUCUUGCCGUAAAUGCCGCACAACCUGAUCAUGAGGACUUCGAUCGGUGGCAGCAUAUUUCCAACAAGAUGCUUCCGAAUGCCCGAGAGUUAUGCGAACAGCUACGUUUGAUUCUUGAACCAACCAAGUGUACGCGACUCAAGGGCGACUAUCGGACGGGUCGUCGCAUCAAUAUGAAGAAAAUCAUUCCCUACAUCGCCUCGCAGUUCCGCAAAGACAAAAUCUGGCUCCGGAGGACGAAAGCGGCCCAGCGUGACUACAAGAUCACCAUCGCCGUCGAUGAUUCGAAGUCCAUGGAUCACAACAAUUCCAAAGACCUGACGCUGCAGGCCAUUUCGUUGGUUUCGCAGGCUCUGGCGUUGCUGGAAAGCGGUCGUUUAAACGUGAUGUCCUUUGGUGAGUCGCCGAAAAUUUUGCUGAAGCAUUCCGACCAGUUCGAUGGAGCCAGGUUGAUCAACUCGUUGAACUUCGAUCAGAACCAGAGUCGAAUCGCGGAGUUCUUGGACUUUGUGAGGACCUUCAAUGCCGAGGACACCUCGUCCUCGGAUAAUGGUGUAUUUGAGAAUCUGCUGCUGGUGUUGAGCGAUGGUCGGAAUAUUUUCAGCGAAGGCGAAAAGAAGGUCAAGAAUUCGGUGAAGCUUGCCCGCUUGCAGCGGAUAUUCAUCGUGUAUGUAAUCAUUGAUAAUCCAGAGAACAAGCACUCUAUUAUGGACAUUCGCGUGCCCCUGUUUACCGCGGAUCGCAAUCAGAUUGUGAUGCAGUCUUACUUGGACGUGUUCCCGUUCCCGUACUAUGUGAUCGUGCGAGAUUUAGGUCAGUUGCCGUUAGUGUUGAGUGAUGCUAUGAGGCAAUGGUUCGAGCUUGUUAAUAGCGAGCAGUAAAAAAACUUGUAAGUUCAUAAAGAUCAUAAACGUAUAAUUUAUAAUACGUUGUUUAUUGCAUUUCUAUAAUUGUAUUCUUGUAAAUAUAUAAACAAAAUGGAUUAUAUUCCGAAA